AUGGUCACCACGAAGUUUCAAAGCUUGUUUACAAUGUCGCAGUCCGAUGUCGACUACGGUCGUAUCAUAAGCAGUAUCCUCGUAUCUGCGGUCUUAUACCGGUCAUGCGUUGUUAUCUACCGUCUCUUCUUUUCUCCGCUUGCUAAGUUCCCGGGACCCAAGCUCGCGGCCGCGACAUCAUUGUACGAGGCCUUUUUCGAUCUCUAUCAGUCCAACUUCCCAGAUGUUCUGGCAAAGCUGCACGAUGAAUACGUAAGUACGGCCGACUCUCAUUCCGGACACCACACCUUCUGGAUUCGCGACCCAGACUUCUUCAACGAGGUGUACGUUUCUGCCCGAAAGCGAAGGACGAACUUGGUCUGCAAGCGUGUCGGACUCGGGAUUGACGGCGCGAUCGCGGCGACAUACAGCCACGAGCUUCAGCAGCUAAGAAGAAAAGCGGUCGAUAACUUCUUCUCGAGACAGAGUGUCAGCCUUCUGGAGUCCAAUAUUCACGAUGAGACCAGAAGGUUAGAUGACAAGUUGCGUCUCCUCGCGGGAACGGAUACAGUGGUACGGCUUGACUACGCGUUUACGUGCGUGGUUGGAGAUCUCAUAACGCUGUUCACCUGUGGUGAGAAUCCGAGGUUCCUCGAGGCGCCCGAUUUCAACCCGGAAUGGAAUGAGAGUAUGAUGGGCGUUUUGGCCAUGGUGCCAUACGCGCGACACUUUCCAUGGGUCAACAGUAUCUUUGAAAUGAUCCCGACAACCGUUCUGCAGAAGAUCAAUUCCCGCGCCGGUGGGUUCAGGAUGUUCCAUGCGAUGUGCAAGCGGCGGCUGGAGGAAGUGAAGUCCGAUAUUGCCAACAAGCACGCCCUUGAGGAGUCCGACAAGACGUCGGUGUUCCACCACAUUCUCCAGAGCAACUUACCUGAGCCUGAGAAGGACUCGGGCCGCUUACAGAGAGAAGCGUUCGCAAUUUUGGGCGCUGGAACAACCACGACAGCCAGCACACUCUCUAUCACGACAUACUACAUUCUCGCUGACCCGUUGAUUGAGAAGAGGCUGCGAGAAGAGCUGAAGGACGUUACAGGAGAUUUCCCCAUGCAAACCCCCAAAUGGGCAGACCUCGAGAAGGUCCCGUAUCUGGCAGGUUGCAUUAAGGAGGGAUUACGAAUUGGCCGCUUUUUCAGGCGUAGCACCCGGGCCUCGCCAGACUGCGAGCUGCAGUACAAGCAGUGGACUAUUCCGAGGAAUACACCUGUCGGGAUGUCAGUCUGCCACAUGCACAUGGACCCAGAGGUGUAUCCCGAGCCUGACAAGUUCAUCCCCGAGCGCUGGAUGGGUAAUGUUGACCCUCGCGCGACUCGGAAUUUCGUCCCAUUUGUUAAAGGAUCUCGAAAUUGCUUGGGCAUGAAUCUGGCAUGGGCUGAACUGUUCAUUGUGCUGGGUGUUCUCUUCCGGCCCGGUGGCCACAAGAUGAGUUUGGACUGCGAUGAGUCGGAUAUUGUUCCUGUCCGCGAUAGCGAUGUUGGUAUUCCAAAAUCUGACAGUAGAGGGCUUAGGGUUCGCUUUGGGUAGGUCUAGCGGUAAUGUGAGGGUCUAGCAGACGGCACUGGUAUGGGGCAUUUCAACCUUCUAUGGAUUUCUUCACCUAUAUACCUAGUUAACGUGGCUGAUUUACUUAUAUGCAACUUUACGGUCAUUGGCUACUCUAAUGGAUGUGGUGAUGUACAAAGCUAGAGCUGAAAAUGGCCCCACAUCAGACACUUGAAUAUCUCUACAGUAUACGCCAGAUCAUAG